GAGGUGCUGCUCGUUGGCCGUGGCACGGGGGCGUGCGGCUGAGCAGGACGCGGGCGGGGUCGCUGCUCUCGGGGUCGCCCCGGCCUGGGACAUGCGCUAUGGAAGUAACUACAUUGGAGUCAGACUUCAGUGGAAUCACUUUUUAUGGUGGUUGUGCUAAACAAUGCUGUGAAUUGUACAGCAAAGGGUGAGAAAAGUGGUGAUAGACAAGGCUUUGGAGCAGAGCACGGAGCAGUGGAGCUGCAGGUUUUGCCCGGAGCUGGAGCGGAGCCGGAACAGUCGUCAUUGGUGCUGGAGGCGGAGCAAGUCAAAAAUGUUCGUGAGAAAUUUAGAAAGCGUUCUUCAAAUAAACAUAAAACAGCAGUUGAUCCCUGUGAAGUGUGGUGCAGUAAGCCAGUUCACGUACUGAAAGACUAUUGCGAUGUGAUUAAAAUCUACAUCGUUUGGCCGUUUCUGUUUAAACUUGAGAAUAAACCUGAUUUCAGCAAUUCCUACUUUUGUGAGCUAAGUUUGAAGAGACUCUGGGAUAUUGAGGUUCUGGAAGACAUUGUUGAUUUGGCUAAGAAAGUUGUGAACAAUCCAUUUUUUAUCAGUGGCAUAUUGAGUAUUGGUACUCGAAUAGAAAAUAGAGUUUUUGAUGUUGGGUCUGCCCUUGCCUGGGUGAAAUGUACAGGCGAGUUGAGUGUUCUACAGAAAUUAGAAGAACUUGGAGAUUACUGUUGGCCUCCUUUAGAAGCUUUCUUUGCUAAAUAUAAACAUUAUAUAACUAAAGUUGCAUUGGAAGACUGCAAUUUAGUUGAAGAGUUUGAAGCUCAGAGUUGUGAAAACUGUAUAAAGAAAAGUGAAUUUAUGAAAAAGAGAGGAAAUUGUGAGUUUUCCAAAGAGAACCUUGAUUGUGCUAUAAGCUCAUACACUAAAGCCAUAGAAUUUUGUCCUGAAAACCAUCUUCUUUACGGUAACCGGGCUCUCUGUUUUCUUCUCACUAGACAAUAUGGGAGAGCUCUUAUUGAUGGAAGAAGGGCUACUGUUUUGAAGCCUAAUUGGCCAAAGGGUCAUUAUCGCUUCUGUGAGGCUCUCUCGAUGCUGGGAGAACAUGAAUGGGCCCUCGAAGCUAAUGAGAGAGCCCAGAAACUCUGCAAGAAUAUUCCUGAGCGAGUUAAGGAUCUUAUUCUGCAAAACACAAAGUUAAGGAAGGAAAUGGAAGAAACUAAAGGUCUGAAAGUGAGUAAACACAGAACAAAGAAAUCAUUUUUUGAGAAAAAAGAAUGUGGUUCUUCACGGUCUGAUUUAUUCACUUCUCAAGAAUCAAAAGAAAUGGACAAAGAAAGGAGGAAAAUCCAAGCAGACUCUAAAGACCACAGCGGUCAUCAAAAACAUCAUAUCAAGGUGUCUACUGAUGCUAUAAGUGCAAAAAGUAAAGACUGGUCUUCAGUGCUUCCAUCAGGAGAGAAUCACCAAAAUAAAGGAAAACUAAAGAACAAAACCAGUGAUUCUGAAAAGACGAGAGAUCAUCUGAGUUUGAAGAUCGAUUCUAAAAGCAUCCAGGAUAAACUCUGUAGUGCUAUCCGACAGGUGGAUUUAACUGUGUUGCCAGAAAUGUUGAAGUCGCUUGUUCAUGAUGGCUGUAUGGCCUUGACGGACCAACGUUAUCGCAGUGCUGAACAAUUCUUUUCAGAGUUAUUGAAUAUUUUGGAUCCUUCAAAGUUAAAGCAGCUGAAUCUUGCUGUUAUUGACUAUGUGGUAGUCAUCUAUGGACAUGCCACUGCUCUCCUUGGAAUAGGACAGCCUGAGGAUUUAGCAAAGGCUGAAGACCAGUUUAACAAAAUAAUUGAGCAGUAUCACAAGGAGAGAUUUAAUUGCUUGGCACAUUAUGGAAUUGGAAAAGUAUACUUUAGACAAAACAGAUUUUCAGAUGCUAUACAUCAGUUCAUGAAAUCACAGACCAUGAUUAAUCGUAAAAUUGUACCUGGAAUAUUAACUUGGCCCACAACAUCUGUUGUCAUUGAAGAGACUCGGACUGAGAAAUUACAGUUGAUGUUGGAAAAUUUCAUUGUGGAAUGCAAGUUUCCUCCAGAGCCAGAUGCAGUUUGUUCUUAUCAGCAGUGCCAUGGACAUUCGAAAAUUCAAAUCUAUUUUACUGACCCAGACUUCAAGGGUUUUAUACAGAUUACUUGCUGUCAGCAGUGUAAAGUGGAGUUUCACAUCAGCUGUUGGAAAAAGAUGAAAACUACAAUUUACAGUGAUAAAAAUGACAAGGAUUUUCUUCAAGAAUCAUGCUUCACUCCUGAUUGUAAAGGCCUCAUUUCAAAAAUUGUUAUCUUCAGUUCUUCUGGUCUCGUGAAAUGUGAGUUUGAACAAAAAAUCCCCAAAAUUAAGGAUCCACCAAGAGCCAGUGUUAAACAGAAAUGUUCAAGUUCUAGGAAGCUAAAAAUAAAAAAAGAAAAAAAAUUGAAGAGAAAGCGUGUAAGAGAAGAAGCACUGAACUCAGCAAAAGAUAGCAUGGAAGAAAAUAAAAGGGAAGAUACUACAUCUAAGUAUGAUAGUCAUAAAGGUCAUGUUCAGAGGUUCUUAUUUGCUAGUGAUAGAGUCCUGCAGCAUAUUUUGCAGAAUGUUGAACAGAUGAAAACUGGUGUACAUGACACUUCCAAACUUCUAAGUGAACUACUAUCUUGGUGGGUAAUCAGUGAGGAGGAUUACAGCAUGUGUUCCACAAGUAGCAGUACAUCAAAUGAAGUGAUGGAGCAGCUCAUAAGUCAUUUAAUUCAGAAGAAGAAUAGAGUAAACACAAGAAUUUUUGUCCAUGUGCUGAGUGAGCUUGAGGAAGUGGAUCCCAAAUUACAUGAGUGGAUAAAAGAUCUGAACAGUUUUGGUUUGGAAGCCACAAAGAUCUUUUUCUCUCGUUAUGGAGAUAUUGUUAAAGAGCUUAACCUUAGCUUUAUAACCAUUCUCUGGAAUGAGAAGUAUGGCAGUAAAUUAGGCAAUGUGUUGACCAACUUCGAAGAUAAUGAAAUACUUAAGUGUUUCUAUGAAGCAUCAUUGAAGGAAACUCGUUGUGUAAUAUGGCUAUUAGAGGAUAAUAGAGAAAAAUUUCCAUCUCUGCAUCAAGCUUUAGACGAAUUCUUUGAUAAAAUGGAUGUUCCUUGCAUUAUAUUAAAGAAGCAGGAAAAUGAAGAUAUCUCUACUAAUGGUAUCAAAGUUAAAAACAAAAAUAGGAAGAAGAAGAUAAAAGAAUCAAGGCCUAUUUUAGUACUAUCUGGUGGAGUUGGUGCACUAACCCGAGAAGAAGACAGUAUAUUUCCAGAAGAAAAUACAUUAAGUUUUAUGAAUCCUGGUGAGCCUUUCAUAAUUCCAGAAUAUCUUCGUGAUCAAGUGGAAGAAUUUGAAGCUCUAUAUGACAAUGUUUCAGACACUAAUGAUUAUCAGAGGCUUUUGGAUAAUAACCCAGACCCAACAUGUGAAAAUUUAUAUGACUAUUUCUCUCAGAUCUUGGAGGAACAUGGUCCCAUGGAAAUUGAUGAUAAAUUGUUAAUUGGAGAAUAUGAACAUUUCCCUGCAGAAGCUCGUAAGAUUGUGGAAGAUGCAGGUGGUCUGAAACCUUUCCUUCUGGAAUCCCUUCAUUUUGUUAUGAUGGAUAAUCUGAUUGGUUUGAUGAAACAUGCAAUUCUGCUUAAGGAAAAUACUGAGACUGAAGAAGAUACUAGAAAUGAAGAGGAAAAUCACAUAACCUAUCAAAAUAGUCUUGAAAAUUCCAAGAGCAAACUACAGUUAAACCCAGCUGCUAAGGAAUUCAAACCAGUGUCUUAUAUUAAACCCUAUAUGCCAAUUUCUACUAAUACUACAGUAGCAAACUGUGAAACUCCAGAUUAUUCAGUCACGGGAUAUUCCUCACAUAUUUCUUAUAUUUCAGUGCAUUCUCUCCCUAGUCAGAGUAUUGAUACAAUAGAAGGACCACUAUCUUUUUCAAAUGCAUUACUGCAUUCCUCUAUUUCUGAUAAUCAUGAUAUACCUCAGACUAAGGUUUCUUCGGGUUAUGAAAAUGAAAGAACGUUCUCAAUGAUUUCUCAAAUACCUCCUACUCCAGAUAUUGCUGGGCAGCCUAGUUAUAUAUAUGCUGAUUAUGAAGCUCCUCUUGAUAUUGAUAAAACAGCAAUUUCGGACAGAGAGUACAUAUCUGGCAAUCAUAUGCCAAGUCAAAUACAAACAUACCCGGACCCUCAGUAUGUAUUGAUGAAGUCAGACUACAGCUCUUAUGAAGAUAAUCUUGACCAGGGUAUGAGCAGUAUUAAGGAAGUUAAAUAUGAUCUAUCUGCUGUUAAGAUGGAAUUUGAGAAUAAAAAUACACCUGUAGUGAAAAGCAUUCCACUUACAAGGAUGAUAGCUAUUCAGGUAAAUCAGGAAUUAGCAGACAAGGACACUAAUACCAUGCCUUUUUAUCCAUUUGAAACUCAACAAGGAGAUAUUUUACGUAUGGAAAAAGAGCAUCAGGUAUUACAAGAGCAACUUAAGGAAGCAAAGGAAAAAUAUGAACAGUUACAGUGCCGAAGCUCAGAAGAGACGAGUGUUUUAGAAGAGCAGUUAAAAAAAAGAGUUGAAGAAAAUAAGAUUAUACAAAGAGAGCGGGAUUGGUUUCACCAAGAUUUAGAAAUGGAAGUUAAGAAAUGGCAACAAGAAAAAAAAGAGAGCCAAGAGAAAUUAAAAGCAACAAAGAAUACAUCCAAGAAACUUGCAGAUACCAAUGAGAUGUACUUGAGGAACAUUGAUGAGAAAGACAAGCAAUAUACAGUGUAUUUGGAAAAAUUCCUGGAGAUCAGUAAUAAAUUUGCCAAUGAAAAAGUACAACUGGAGGAGCUAAUAAAAAAGAGCAAAGAUAAUUACCAGGAGUGUAUUAAAAGAGCUGUUGCAGCAGAGGUGUCAGUACUUGAAAACUGGAAGAACACUGAAAUAUGCAAAUUACGCAGCAUAGCUGCAAAUGCAGAAGCAAAUAUUAAAUUCCUAAAGUUAAUGAGCAGUGGUCCCACUUCAGUGUUACCUCAGUUGAAGUCACAGAUUGAUUCUUGGGAAACGUUUAUUUCAAAUAUCAAGAAAGAAAUGGAAAAAGUAGAAUCUCAGUAUAAAGAGAAAAUUCACUUAGUGAAAAAUGGUGCACAGCUAAAUGAUCUCUCUAAAGUGAAAGCUGCUGAUCUUCAGUCUCCUCCUAGCAUCUCAGUAAUGCAAGGCAGUCCUCUUAUUAAUGAUCCAGCCAUCAUAAUGUAUUCAUCUGCACUUGUACGUCCCACUUUACUUCCUGCAUUUUCAAGCUCCAAAGAUCAAAGUCCAGUGCAUUCCACAUUUCAUGUGCAAACUGGAAAUAAAACCGCAUGUAAAAGUCCUAAUCCUUGUUCUGCAAAGAAUGGAUCAGUGGAAAUACCCUCUGAAACUUUAGGAGCAUCAUACUCUGAUCAAGUCCGAGUAGCGCAGCCAUCAGGGAUUUCUGGAAGUACUGCUCAGAACAUACAGCCAAACCAAAGACAGCUAAAUGAUCCAGCAUCAGCUACGCAGUUGGGAGCUGUUAGAGUGCCAAACAAGAAGGCACUUUCAAAAGCAUUUGAUAAUAUCAUAGAGCGUCUAAUGGCUAUAUUUCCACACUAUACAAGGUUCUGUGCAGGCCACAUGCAGAAAGGUUGCAUCUGCUCUCCAGAUCAGCCAGAACUGGCAUACGAGGACAAGCCUAAGGGCAAAUACCUGCCUUCCAAAUCCUCGCUUCUGAAAGCACUCCCACUGCACCCUUUUGAGUAUGUGAACAGGGAUGAAUGGGAAGUACCUGACAACGCUAAGCACAUAAGCAGGUGUUCACUUAUAUAAAAGUUGCAAGCACCCAAAAACACCAUUACAGAAAUACCGAAGGAUGAUACUGCAGUGGCAUCUCUAGCAAAAGAAAUAGAAAUCCUCUUCACCCAGGAUUACCCUCCCAGUGAUACAAAAAGGUGAAAGCCACCAUAAAAAGAGCUGGCCACUAUAUGCUUCACAAGAGACAGUCAGGAUGGCCAUGAAAACAAAAGGACCAUCCUGACUUCUGGUCUAUCUAAAGAAAAUAACCCCAGCAACAGACUUUAUGGCAGAUGCCUCAGUGGAUGCAGUGAGAUCUCAGCUAGUGCUAUGGAAUCACAUCUAACUGUGCCCUGGACUACAGAUGCCUACUCCAAACAAAUUCUUUGCUCACCCAAAUACACAGGUUGUCUCUUGUCUGGAGAAAAACUGGAUUAAGUUGUGGCAGUCAGCACUUCUAAACCAAAACAGUCCCUCCCCUCAUAGUGUGUUGAGAAGGAACUACAAGCGCAGUAAUAUGCAGAAACACGCUUUAAAAUUUUCCAUUUCUCAGGAGAAUGGUCUCUUGACCACAGACAAGUGGGUGAGAAAUAGAGAGUUGUGACUACUCUCUGAGGGCCUCACCCAUCCCUUCUUCAUCCACUCCUCCAUCUCAAGCAACCCCAUCAAACCUGAACUGGUGAUAAAUGAACAUUCUGGAUGCAGGAGCAACAGAAAGGUUCUUAGGGCUAUCCUCCAUAUUUUUCAUCAUCCAGAAUUUUAAGGGAGAGGAUCGCAGCAUGGGAAUGUCAGCCAUCUUGGACCUCAGACUCAACAAAUGGUAGAAGAACACAAAUUCCAGAGGGAGACCCUAGCCUUGACUGUCAUAUCUCUGUCCCCAGGGGACAUACUUGACUCUGAACCUUCUAUUUCUGGUUACCUCUGAAAUCAGCUAUAAUUUAUUUUUUAACAUUGCAACUAUUUCCUUGAGUCUGCCCAUUGUGGUUAAAACAUCUAGCUGCUGGUGUUUGUUUGUUUCAGAUUGGUGUUAUAUGAUAAGAGCAGUGAAAACUAGACCCUGACAGAAUGGUAUCUGCUAAAAUGCAUUUAAGAAUGUCAACCUCUCUCUCUUCUCCCCUUCCCCAAGUAAACACCCUGAUGAGCCAGGCCAAUUUGUUUACCUGCCGUGUCUGCAGAUUUGGCCGAUCACAGCCCCCACUGGCUGCGGUUCGCCGCUCCAGGUCAAUGUGGGCUGCGGGAAGCCGCGCGGGCUGAGGGAUAUUUUGGCCGCCGCUUCCCACCACCCCCAUUGGCCUGGAGUGGCGAACCGCAGGCAGGGGGAGCUGUG